AUGAUAGGUACACGCAACAGGCACAUGUCCUUCGGGACAAUUUUAGAUUUCACUCCUCUAAAUUCCAAACAGAAAUCACACUUAUCUAGAGUGUAUGGAACGCUUGGUUUAUCAUGUUUGAUUACAGCCGCGACAGUCUUGUAUAAUCUUUACAUGCCACAAAUCCUCGCAUUCAUCCUAUUCACUGCCUCUUUUUCCUAUUUGUUUUACCUAUCCAGCGGAAAAGAUCUAUCAGGGAAAAGAUUGAUAGCACUGGUACUACUUUCAGUGUCUGAGGGGGUUAUGAUCAAAGACAUUGUUCGUUAUGCUCAAGUGUUAAAUGGUGAAAUUGUCACGAGCGCAUUGGCUAUUUCUAUGGCUAUUUUUUUUUGUUUUUCACUCAGCUCCAUAUUUGCCACUCAAAGACUUACAUACUACUUUUAUUCAUUGGUUUCCUCAUUGAUGACUUUAAUAUCGAUCGUUUCGUUCGCUAAUAUUUUUAUGAGAUCUAAAAUCAUGCUAAAUGCUACAGCAAUUGCGGCUCUACUAAUGUAUGCGGGGUUUGUUGCAGUUGAUACUCAAAUUACGCUGGCUGAAUUCGAUGCAGGAAAUCGUGAUUUUGUUGUACAUGCCAUUUCUCUUUAUGUUGAUAUAGUCGCCAUUUUUAUCAGAAUCCUGCAAAUUCUGAUUGAAAAACAGCAUAAUGAGUGCAGGAAACAUGAUAAGGAUUAUGACUAA